AUGACAGUUCCGUACAAUUCGUACAUUCACACGGUCACGUUUGCUGGUUUUUUCAAUUUACUCUUGAAAUGGAAUGGGAGCGUGUAUAAAUUGCUCUGGCGUACGAUGCUAAUAUACGCCAUUAUUUACGCACUAAUUGCAGUCAUUUAUCACUUGUGUUUGACGAGAGAUUUCAAAAUAUUAUUUGAAAGAAUGUUUGACUACUUCAACAUGUUCCAAGAGAACAUUCCAGUAUCCUUUGUCCUUGGUUUUUACGUCAGCUGCAUCGUGGGUCGUUGGUGGGAGCAAUUCAAUGCCCUACCCCACCCAACCCGUUUGGCCAUCUACGUGACCUCUCACAUCAGAGGCACUGAUGAUCGCACUCGUUUGGUCAGAAGAACAAUUAUGAGAUAUGCGUGCCUGGGUUAUGUUCUUACCAUGGUAACAGUUUGCGGGCCAGCCAAGAAGAGAUUCCCGACAUAUAAGCAUAUGAUCAAAGCCGGCAUUCAUUCACUCAUUUCAGGAUUUAUGCUUUCGAGUGAGGGGAAGAUCCUUGACAACCUGAUAACCCAUUUCAAUAAGUACUACGUGCCAUUCGUGUGGGCCAGUACCCUAGUAGCACAAGCUCGCAAGGAUAACAUGAUCAAGGAUGAUUUCGCCUAUCACUGUCUUCUAGAUGAAUUGAAUUUUUUAAGACGAAAAUGCCAGAUGAUUUUAAAUUAUGAUUGGAUAAACAUUCCGUUGGUUUAUACGCAGGUGGCUACGAUGGCCGUCUACAUAUUCUUUGUCUCAUGUCUCAUCAGUAGACAGCAUAUACCUGUCUACACUGAUACAGGUGAGAUGAUCGUUCCGCUUUUUACCUUCCUACAAUUUUUGUUCUACAUGGGGUGGCUUAAAGUGGCAGAAGAACUGAUCAACCCAUUUGGAGAGGAUGACGACGAUUUUGAAAUCAAUCCAAUGAUCGAUAAAAAUUUCAAGGUUGGUUACAUGAUUGUCGAUGAAAUGCACGGCGCAUGUCCCUCCCUCGUGAAGGAUCAGUAUUGGGACACCACGGAUGUCCAGAUGCCCUACACUGAGGCGGCCCUACCAUUCUACAAAGAUCCUGGCCUUCUUGGAUCAGCCAACCUCGUCGAGUAUUUUUUUUGUUUAGUGUUAUUUUUAGAGGCGUUAUUUUAUAAAGUCAACAAUUUUGUUGCUUGUCUGUGUUGUUCGUUUGAAUCAUUAAUGUUUGGAAGAAAUGAAUAA